AUGGGUUGUUGCAGCAGCAAGUGCGCCGAUUCUAAAGCGAGUCGGGUGACUCGGUGGCGGUCCACUGGCAUUGUCGCUUUGCGCGAUUGCAAAUUGAAGACAUUUCCGGAUGAAGUUAUUGACCUAGAAAGAUCUGUUCGUACCCUUGAUUUAACGCACAACAAAUUAGUUGAUAUUCCCACGGAGAUAAACAAAUUGAUUAACUUGCAACGGCUGAUUUUAGCUGAUAAUGUCAUUGAGCGUCUUCCAAUGAACCUGGGGAAGCUUCAAUCGUUAAAAGUUAUGACACUUGAUGGAAAUCGAGUUACCACAUUGCCUGAUGAAUUGGGUCAAUUGGUGAAACUAGAGCGGCUAUCUAUAUCUGGAAACCUUCUACUGAAUUUGCCUGAAACACUAGGGAGCUUGCGCAAUCACUCACUUACCAGAUACCAAGACACCAGAGUUGGGGAUGAAGAAAAUUCCAUUGAAGAGCUUCCUGCUUCAGUUUGCAAUCUCAUUCAUUUAAAGUCACUGUCCUUGAACAAUAAUAAUAUGAAGCAGAUACCUCCAAAUUUGUUGAAAGAAUGCAAAAGUCUUCAGAAUAUAUCACUCCACGGCAAUCCCAUUGUUAUGGAUCAAUUUCAACAGAUGGAGGGAUUUCAGGAUUUUGAAGCUCGGAGGAAAAAGAAGUUCGACAAACAGAUAGAUUCUAAUGUGAUGUUAAGUUCUAAAGGUCUUGAUGAGGGUGUUGAUCUAUGA